AUGAGUAUGUCAAGCAAGAACGAGAAUAAGAUAACAAUAGAACAAAGGGUAUCCACUGAUGUUGGACAAGCAUACCAAUUGCAAGGUCUUGGAUCUAAUUUAAGGUCGAUCCGCUCUAAGACUGGUGCCGGUGAAGUAAACUAUAUUGAUGCUGCUAAGUCUGUAAAUGAUAACCAACUGCUUGCAGAAAUUGGUUAUAAACAAGAAUUGAAGAGACAAUUUUCAACGAUUCAAGUUUUCGGUAUUGCAUUCUCUAUUAUGGGUUUGCUUCCAUCUAUUGCUUCUGUCAUGGGUGGUGGUCUUGGUGGAGGUCCAGCAACAUUGGUGUGGGGUUGGUUCAUUGCUGCAUUCUUCAUUUUACUUGUUGGUAUAACCAUGGCUGAACAUGCAAGUUCCAUUCCCACCGCUGGUGGUUUGUACUACUGGACGUACUAUUACGCUCCCGAAGGUUACAAAGAGAUCAUUUCUUUUAUUAUUGGCUGCUCCAACUCACUAGCAUUGGCGGCUGGUGUGUGUUCCAUCGAUUAUGGUUUGGCUGAGGAAAUUGCAGCUGCUAUCACCUUGACUAAAGAUGGUAAUUUUGAUGUAACAAGCGGAAAGCUUUACGGUAUAUUUGCUGGAGCAGUGGUUGUCAUGGGCAUCUGUACCUGUAUUGCCUCUGGUGCAAUUGCCCGUUUGCAAACGUUAAGUAUAUUUGCCAAUCUUUUUAUCAUUGUCCUAUUAUUUAUUGCUCUCCCAAUUGGUACUAAACAUAACAUUGGAGGUUUUAAUAAUGGUGAUUUUAUCUUCGGUAAGUACGAAAAUUUAAGUGAUUGGAAUAAGGGCUGGCAAUUUUGCCUUGCGGGUUUUAUGCCUGCUGUUUGGACAAUUGGUUCCUUUGAUUCAUGUGUUCAUCAAUCUGAAGAAGCCAAAGAUGCCAAAAAAUCAGUUCCCAUCGGUAUAAUAUCAUCUAUCACCGUCUGUUGGAUUUUAGGUUGGUUGAUUAUUAUCUGUUUGAUGGCUUGUAUCAACCCUGAUAUUGACAGUGUCUUAGACUCAAAAUAUGGGUUUGCUCUGGCUCAAAUAAUCUAUGAUUCCUUAGGAAAAAAAUGGGCAAUUGCUUUUAUGUCAUUGAUUGCAUUCUGCCAAUUUUUAAUGGGUGCUUCAAUUACAACAGCAGUUUCCAGACAGGUCUGGGCGUUUUCCCGUGAUAAUGGUUUGCCUCUAUCGAAAUACAUCAAAAGGGUGGACUCCAAAUACUCUGUCCCAUUUUUCGCUAUUUUAGCUGCAUGUGCAGGUUCCUUGAUAUUAGGGUUGCUAUGUUUGAUUGAUGAUGCCGCCACAGAUGCGCUGUUUAGUCUGGCUGUCGCAGGAAACAACUUGGCUUGGAGUACGCCAACGGUCUUGCGUUUGACAUCAGGUAGGGAUUUAUUCAGACCUGGUCCAUUUUAUCUAGGUAAAAUCUGGUCUCCAAUCGUUGCUUGGAUUGGUGUUGCUUUUCAAGUGUUUAUUAUUAUUUUGGUUAUGUUCCCAGCUCAACAACACGGUAUUACAAAAUCCACUAUGAAUUAUGCAUGUGUUAUUGGUCCAGGUAUCUGGUUCCUGGCAGGUGUCUACUACAAAGUUUACAAGAAAAAAUAUUAUCAUGGUCCAGCAACCAACUUGUCUGAUGAUGACUAUGCUGAAGCCGUCGGCAUUGAUGUUAUUGAUACAAUUAUAUCCAAGCAAGAACCAUAA